CUUUGUGCGCUCAUCUGCCCGCUGUUGGCACAAAGUCAAAGAAGAAAUGAUGACAGCCUGUUGUAUCAACACCGGAAGGAUCUAAAAGCGAUAGCGAACGAAUUCAGCUCAUCAGUACGGACGAUGGAUCCUAGGCUGUAUUGGUAAAAAUGCACAGGUGCAGAUCUGCGAACAAAUUGAAAAGCAAGCCACGAGGAAUCGCGAUUCUAGAUCAACACAUAAACAAAGCUCAAAUGAUUCAUCUUUGGUUUUUGUAAAUCUGAAUCUUUGACGAGACCCACCCUUAUAUGAACGAACCGUAACUCAUCCACACAGACACAGCAAAACAACUAUUAGAAAAUCACUCAGCAAGAACGACGAUUUUGAAUCACGCAACCCGUAUUUUCACCAUAACUACGUGUACGUACGAAUCGAUCGACAUCAAGUUUGUUUCCUCUUGACGAAAAAGUUCUCAGAAUGAUCUUUCAGCGACUCGCGGUCGCCGCCGCGGGGUCGCUUUUCGGGGGCUCCGUCGCCGUCGCUGGAAGCAGCAAGCUAUCCUGUGCAAAAGUAUCGUACUCGUAUAAAUGCAUUACAAAUUUCCUCAGCAUGAGAGAUAAAAUUUGUAAUGCUGAUUUACCUUUCAGAAGAAGAUUUGUAAUGCAUGACUGCAAUUACGACGAGUACGAUACUUUUGCAGUUCAUACAAGCCUUCCUCCGGCCCGGACGCCGUCAUUGAGGACCUGGCGCCGAAGGUGAAAAUCAACAGCGAAAAAAUUAAAGCGACAAAGCAGGAGGACAAGAAUAAAGGGAACAAAGCGACAUCAGCGAGCUCAAGUGAUUCAGGUAGCGGUAAGAAGGCCGCUUCCGAAAUAAGUGCAGGUAGUUCAUCGAAGAAGAAAGCCGGAUCUUCAUCCAGUCCUUCUUCGUCUUCCACUUCGAAGCAGGUGGAAAUGGAGACUGUUGCUGUGCCAGAAAAAGAAACGAGACCAGCGACAGGAAGGGACGAGCACAGCCAAAGCAAGAGUUCUUCCAACCGAAAUAAGGCGGACAGCAGGAGCAAGCAUAACACUGCGGACGAGGUUGACAAUUUUCGGAUUGAGGUGGGAAAACCGUUCCAAAUCAUCCAACCGACUCCGGACCAUCAAUCCAUGCGCGUGAACGCGGGAAAUCUGGCUAGGCUGUCGGCAAUCAAACACAAAAUCUCGUUGAUUUCCGUCGUCGGACCGUAUCACAGCGGGAAGAGCUUUCUGUUGAACACCAUGCUGGGAAACAUGCGGGCUUUCUCCGUCGGACCAAAAACCAGCCCGGAAACGAUGGGGAUUUGGUAUUCUUUUUCUAUUUUGCAAGACCAAGAAAUGCGGGUGCUUGUUGACGUUGGAAAAAUGCGCCGCCACUCAUUGUCGUGGCAUCGGAAGAAUUAUUUUAUCCACGUUAUUCGUACAAAAUUCAAAUUUAUCACCCAGGCUUUGCCGCACCAACAUGACGUCCGAGGUGGACGGCAGUGAGAUUUGGUUGAUGGAUUCGGAGGGUUUUUUCGGCCCGGGGAUCGAAGAGGCGUACGAUGCCAAGAUUUUUACCAUCGCGACGCUUCUCGGCUCCCAUCUGGUGUACAACACCGUCAAAGUCAUCGAUCAGCAGGCGGUGAACCUUUUAGAGAUGCUGGCCCGCCGCGCACAACUGUUCAAGACGAAAUCGGGGCAGGUGACAGGGGAAAACUCGGCGAUCACGCCGGAUUUUUUGAUGCAGAUGAACUUCCCCUCGCUCACGUGGAUCGUCGAGGACUUCACGCAAGACAGCUCGUCCACUGGUACCUACGUAGAAUGAUAAUUUAGAUUUUAUCUUUACCUCUGAAAACAAAAACAAAAGGACAAGACAUCAACGUCUGUCUUGCCAGGGUAGCACCAUCAUGAAGGAAUGCAUGGACUUGGACAUUUUUUUUCGUACUUCGAAACUCAUACCAUGAUAUUAUCCUCUAUCCACAGGCGAGAACUCACUCCUCGAGUGGCUCCGUUCCUACCUGUCGCACGAGAAAGGGUCCAAUCUGAAGGAUACCAACAGCACGAGCAAAUCCGCUGGCACGGCGGUGGGGCAGCCGAGGGGGAAUGGCGACCACUAUUUGAGUCGGCUGUUUAAGGACAUCUCCGUGAAGACGUUGUUCCUCCCAGCAGUGACAAAGGCGGACCUGAAGGAUUUGUCGAAGCUGAACUACAACCAACUGACAGAAGAGUUUCGAGAAGGUACAUUUGCAUUUUUCAGCAUGGACACUCUUUUGCAUUUUUCUCAUAGACAUGAUAGAUAGUUUCUUCUAUAGCUAGGAUCCUGUUGCUUUUAUGUUGAGGACCAUGCCUAGUGCUUGGUGACUUCAUUGGAAUAAAAGCAGCAUUAACCUUAAGUAACGGCGUCGCAUCACUCCCUGAUGGGUCCACAAUAUCAUCACAUUUUGACACGAAAAUAGAGCUCGAGACGGACGUGAAACCCCACAUCCUGCAGCGGGUAAAAUCCAAGUCCUUUUCCGCCAAGCGCGAGCACAUGACGGGUGUCGAGUUGCAGAAAGCGAUUCAUUUCAUCGUGAACGCGCUGCAGACCGGGGUUUUUCCCGAGCUGCCGAGCUUGUGGGCGUCGUGGACGACGCAAGUCGCAGAGCACUCGCUGUACGAUUCCGAGCGGUGGUUUCGCAGCAUGGUGCUGGACGGUAAGUGGGCCGCCACCGCGGGCAUGGACGACAAGGACCACGAGGAUCACAAACACGUCGAGACCACGGACGCCGCGGCCGUGGUGUCCGUCGGGACCUUCAACGACCGCAUUGCGCUCGCCCGGGAGCGCACGCUCAAGUUCUACACAGAGCUGUUGAAGGAUUUUGAUGUGAAGCCGGAGACGCAAACGCUGGAGCAGAAGAUGGGCGUGAUCCAGAAGGACGCGGUUUCGCAGUUUUCCCACCGGAUCCACCGACACUUCCGGAUCUUGGUGGACGACUUGAAGGAGAAGUACAAUACGUUUCUGACGACGAAAGUCACCCUCCCGCACGAGCCAAAACAGCUGGAGCAGUUGGUGAAGGAGGAGUCGAGCAUGCAAGUGCGGAACAUCACCACCGAGUGGAACCACUUGUCGAAGUUGAACAAGCACGCGGAGCCGCUGUCCACCAUCCCCUGGACGGAGAAGAACCCGAAAACGAGCCUCGCGCAAGACCUGGAAACGCUCGCGGUCGCGAAACACGCCGAGAACGAGAAGGUGAUCCAGAACAUUUUCCAAACCGCAGCGCAGGCGAGUCUGACGAGCUGCGACAGUGAUCUGUCCAGCCGGGAGAGCCAAUUGUUUGGUAAGCAGCAAAUGAAGGAGUUCCGGGAACAAACCAGGAUAAACGCGGAUAAAUUUUUCCAGAACCAUUUAAACGGCGAAACCUGGUUCAAGUUCCAUCCGCUGUUCAAAACGCACGAGGCGCUGGUCAAGCAAGAGGUAUACACAGGUUUUGAGAACGCAUGACGUUGCUUUUGCGAGUUCUGCAAUUGUUUAUGCAAAAAGCACGCUGAUACUGACUAGCUAGUACAGCUGCAAUUCUUUGUCCUAUGAAUUCGAAAAGAAACUGAACAAUCUUUCAUUAAUUGUUUCUUCCCCAAACAAUCUAUCAGACCGACGUGAAGCUGCAGCGGUUCCAGGAGAUGAACGAGCAGCGGAUCGCGAUUCACAUGCGGGAGGUGCACGACAAGGCCUUCAACUACUACAAGGAGAAGAAAAACAACCUGAAGAUGCCCAUGGACGAGGAGGCGCUGGCGGAACAGCACGGCAAACUGAAGGAGGAGUCGGUGGACGUGCUGGCGAAAUCGGUCGAAGAUUUGAAGGACACCGUCCAGUUCAUCGAGACGCAGGCGAACCUGGAAAGGAAGGUCAUGGUCGAGUGGGGCCGGAUGACGCAGAAGAACGUCGAACUUUGGAAAAUCCACAACGACGAAGUCACGCAGUGUGGCUUACAGAGAAACUUCGCGGGGAAGAUGGUAUUUUAAUAGAUUUAUUUGCGUUGUUCUUGUUUCCGCUUCGCUGGUUGAUAUGCCUCCUGUGCCUUCCUGGUCGUUGCACGUGAGACAAUAGGAAAAUGAUAAAAAAAAAAACAGGAUUGUGGUUUCCUCUGCCCGCACACACUCAUCCCGUUCCUGCACAAGGCGAACGCCCGGCAGAACCUUAUGGACUGCUUCCGACUGAAGGAGGACAAAAUCAGUGCGAAGAUGGGGAAGGGCAUGCAGGAAAAGAUUUUCGUUUCCUGGUACGAAAAGGAGCUUGCCUACGAGGCUAAUUCUUGCUGGAACAACUUUUUUCUCAUCUGCGGCACCAUAUUAGUCGGUAUCGUGGGCAUUUGGUACAGCCGACAGAAGAGGAAAUCCGGGCAGAACCUGCUUGCGGACCACCACGCACAAAACCUCCAACUCGUGCAGCAGCAGCAGCAGCACAUGCGACAACAAGUAUACGACCCCGUCAUCCACGGCCCCGGCGGGGGAGGCCCCCAGAUUCCCCACGCGCACGCACUGACGAACAGAAGUAGUGGUGGACAGCAGGACCCAAGAACCCCGAUGAACAACCAGGGCUCCGUUUUUGGCGGGGGCACGCCCCACAGCCAACACGGCGGACACCCCAUGGGAAGCAGGUUUUCCUAAAGAAUGUACGGUUUGGUAACAACGUACCAUAACGACAUCCAGCGCAAGAACGCUCCUCCUCAUUUACAGUAUGCUGAUGAAGUUGAAGUAGUUGUACUUCCUUUAUAAGCGCAAAUAAAUGAAGAAUCAUCCCGAAGGCGAACUCAGAAAGAAGAGCAGCUUCAAGCAGUAGCAAAUACGCAGCGCGAUCUGUAGCUCUGGCAUUCGAGAGAUUUUUGUCGCGAACCAAAGAAAGAAGCACCAUCUUCCCGCUGUUCCAAGAACUGGUUUGUCCUGUGUAAUUCUGUGAGAACUGUAGUUUUUUCUCCCACGACCUCAAGACUAGUUUUUCCCUUGCCGAGCGAACGAAUUGUCUUGUUUCCAUGCGUGUUCGUGCAUUGCUUUCUUACCACGGUGAAAUUCAUUGAAUGUAGUACUGUGGCGGGUAGCGCAGAUUCUGUUUCUUUUUUUCUUGUGUAUACUAGCGUUUUUUGCAGCUCG